CAAAAACAGAAAGCGCAUACUGUGAUUCCAGCCCAUAUUGUAGCCGAGGCCAUCUCAACGCUCCGUGGUCUUGAUCUCAGAUGGUCAGGUCCCAUCACACCAACUGAAAGGGAAUAUGUUGAACAGUAUGUCUUGGCAAAAUAUCCACAGUAUGCAGGGCAAGUUGAAAUAGAAACUACAGACCUCUCUUUUCUUUGUAUCAAUGAGGAAUCCUCUGAGCCUGCACUUGAUGAUAAAAGAAAAUCACUUAGAAGUAAUUUUAAAGACUCCUCCACUCCUUCCUUUGGAACCAAUCUUCCAGAGCUGGAUAGGAUUCAAUUGGAACCAUCGAGACUGCUCGAUAUCCUGACCAAGAAAUCUUCCUUUCCUGGAAGUUUCAUUUCAAUUCCUGAAAUUCAAGCUAGAAACAAAGUUUUGAAGCACUGUGGGUUACCAGAUGAUGACUAUCUUGUUCUGUUUACUCCAAACUACAAGGAUGCGAUGAUGCUAGUAGGAGAAAGUUACCCUUUUUUCCGAGGGAACUUCUACAUGACCAUCAUUGGUGAAGAAAUGGAUUAUGUACGAGAGUUUGCCAGUUACAAGGAAGCAAAAGUGAUCCAGGCCCCUGAAUCUUGGUUGGAUCUGAGAAUCAAGGGAUCACAACUUAGCCAGUAUUUUAGGAGGAAGUGUAAGCACAGCCCAAAGGGUUUGUUCUCUUAUCCAGCUGAUGUAAAUGGAGUGCGUUACUCCAUGCAUUGGAUUUCAGAAGCUCACAGGAAUUCAUGGCACGUUCUACUUGAUGCAACUGCCUUAGUUGUUGGACAGGAUCGAUUGAACCUUGCGCUUCAUCGGCCCGACUUUGUGCUUUGUAGUCUGGAGAAUACACACGCUGAUCAACCAUCAAGGAUAACUUGCCUUCUGGUCAGGAAGAAAUCCUUUGAAACUACAACGUCUUCAUCUCAGUCACUGAGUGAAAAGGGAAAUUAGCUUAUGUAAAUACAUUAUAUAUAUAUAUAUAUAUAUAUAUAUAUUUUACAACAAUGACCUGAAGAUAAGGGAAACUACUGUAGAUGGUGAGAUUUGGACCCCAAAUCUACUAGAUUUUGUGGACCAAUUUAGCUAAAUUCUGAGAUUUGAAUACAUUAUAUGUUUAAAUUAGUUAAGCAACAUCUAUAUCAACAUAUUUCGGAAUUAGGAAAUUUCAAACAAAUAAAAAUGAGUAGGGUCAGGACUCUGGAUGAACCUGUCAGUGAUGCACUCCAUGCAUGAAAUACAUUUAUACAAGUUUGAUUAAUCGCAUGAAAGAUCACAAUUGUGGCAAAUUUCUAAAGUUGUUUUCCAGGAUUCUUAAUCUCAGCUGGUUCCUUUCAAGCUGGGGUUUGAUUUUCGGAUAUCAUUUCAAGAAGCAUUGGAUAAUACUACUACUCUUUAGUUUUAUCUUUUCCGUGUAAAUUUCUUGCACAGUAUCGACCCAUGCAAUCGUUAAACAUGCUCUUCAAGCCACCAAUUUGAAAAAUUGCAAUGGUUAAUUAUUGCUCAAUUAAAAAAGAAUUUAUAUGCUUUUCCAGGUGGCAAAUAUUCCUGUCAAGUUUACUUGCUUCGG